UGUGGGCUUUUGUGGAUGUAGCUUCUCCUGAAAGUAGCCAGUGGAGAUAACACAAGUUUCUCCAUUUCGAACAGGGUUUAUUUUUAAGGAUAUUUCAAAUGAGCAUUUUCUUGCUCAUAUACUCUCUCCAUUUUCAAGACUGGAUCGUUUACGGUUUUUAAUUAUUUUUUAGCUUUGAAAAUAGCACAGCCAGCUAACAUAUCUUUCAGCUAGUGAGUGGCUAGCUCAAUUUUCUGUCUGUUUCUGUCUUUGUCGUCAUUUCAGCCUGGAAACUUUUUUGCUGGACACUAUUAUUCGGUGUAGAACUACAUCUGCGGCAAAAUGAAGCUGUUCAGUUUGUCAGUCAUCCAUAAAGGAGCCACGAAGGCAAACUUGCUGAAAGCUGCCUAUGACCUGUCAUCUUUCAGCUUCUUUCAGAGGUCCAGUGUGCAGGAGUUCAUGACGUUCACCAGCGCGUUGAUUGUGGACAGGUCGAGUUUAGGAAGCCGUGCAUCUGUCAAAGAACAGGAUUAUCUCUGUCACGUAUACGUGCGGAAUGACUCACUUGGUGCCGUAGUAAUCGCAGACAAUGAAUACCCUUCCAGGGUCUGUUUCAGCCUACUGGAUAAGGUGCUUGAUGAGUUCUCGCGGCAAGUGGACCCCAUUGACUGGCCCUCUGGUUCCCCAGCUACCAUUCAGUACGCUGCUCUGGAUGCCUACCUGGCCAAGUACCAGAAUCCCAGAGAAGCUGAUGCCAUGUCAAAAGUCCAGGCUGAAUUGGAUGAAACCAAAAUUAUUCUGCACAACACAAUGGAGUCACUAUUAGAACGAGGAGAGAAGCUUGAUGAUUUGGUACAGAAGUCGGAGCACCUGGGCAACCAGUCAAAAGCUUUUUACAAAACGGCAAGAAAACAGAACUCGUGUUGUGUGGUGAUGUGAUCGCAGUGGGUGAUGUGACCGAUCUGACUCCUCCCAGCCACACAUCUUUCUUUUCUUCGUCCUCUUCUUUUCCUCCUCUCUCUCUUUCUUUCUUACUUUCUCUCUCUCUCUCUUUCUCUCUUCUCUCUUUCUCUCUCUCCCUCCUCUGUCUCUGGCUGGGCCAGAAGCGUUUCAGCUCUCAGAUGUCACAGAGGAAAAAGGUUGGGGGGGAAGUAUUCACAAGAAAUGAAGACGUCUGAGACGAGCCAAUCAAAACCGUUCAGAAAGGGGGUUAACAGAAGAGGGGAAGGGGUCUGAUUUCCCAGAGUGCACCACACAUGUCCUGCUACGGCUGCUUUUGCUGUCUGGGGUUAAGUUUUAAAAGACAUACAAGUGCGGCCAGUAGCAGACAUCUCGUGCCCUUUUAUCCCAAAGGGGGAGAGGGAUGCUGCACAACGAAGUGACAGGUAUUGCAUAGAGUGAGGGGCUUUACGACUCCUCCUAUUGUGCCUUACUUACUUUAGAUUGCCAUUUGUUUUAUGUAUAAAACGCUCAACCCCACACCCCACUCUCUCUGCCACGCCCCGCCCCCCUAAGCAUCCACUCCUAUACACUAUGUACAGAUGUGUGUGAUCAGUGCAAAAGCCGACCGCCUUAUGCAAUGUCUGCGAAACAUUGAAAGAGGCACUGCUGUAAUGUCUGUUUAAAAAUCAUAGGAAGGCUGAGGUUUUUGUUUUGUUUUUCCAUCCCAAAACGGUGUUAUUUCAGUGCCAUCUUUAAAAAAAGAUGCACUUUGUUCGUUUUGACUCGGGUGUGUAGUCGCUUGUAUGUGGCUGUGUUUAACUGUGCGAUUGUGUUGAAGCUCUUGUGAGAUUUGAGUCGGGUUACCGUUUUGUACUUGUGUAAAAGCCUGUACAGUGUGUGCGUACGUUUGUGUGUAUGUAUGAUUAUUAGUGUUAAUGACCAAACUCGUAGGCGAUAUAAUGAACUGGAAAAAUCAUGAAGUAUCUCAUAUGAUGGACUGGGAGAGGCUUCUCAAAUACAACAAAAUAAAAAUGUUCUUAUUAUAUUUA